AGCGACGAACGAGCUCGGCCGCCAGCGGUGACGAGCGACGAACGAGCUCGGCCGCCAGCGCCGACGAACUGCGAGCAGCGUCGGCCGCCAGCAGGGACGAGCCACGAGCUAACCCGUCUGGCAGCGGGGACGAACGGCGGACGAGCUCGGCCGGCAGCGGGGAAGAGCGGCGGACGAGCUCGGCCGGCAGUGGGGACGAGCGGCGGACGAGCUCGGCCGGCAGCGGGGACGAGCAGGGCCCGUUCUCGGUCGGCGAGCGCCGACUGAUUGUCGAGGGUCCGGCCAGCCUGUCGGUACUGCUCGGACAGACGGCGCGGCUCGAGUGUCGACUGACCGACACCCUCAUGGAGGCGCCAGCCGUCGUCUGGAGCAAAGCGGGUCGCCGACUCCAGCCGUCCGAGCGCGUGACGAUCGAGGCGACGCCUGGCGGCUCGGUGCUGACGUUGCGCCAGGUGACGGCCGACGACAGCGGCAAGUACGUGGUGCGGGCCGGCGAGGACGAAUGCUGGGCGUCGCUGGCGGUGGAGGGGCCGCCGGAGCCACCGUCGGGCGUGCCGAACGUCUGCCGCAUCAGUGCCGACUCCAUCACGCUCUCGUGGUGCGGCCCGCCGUUCGACGGUGGCAGCAUGGUGACCGAGUACCAGGUGGAGGUGACCGAGGCCGAGCAGCGGUGGCGCGGCUUGUCGACCACUGCCGCUCCACGUCGGUGGUGGUCUCGGCGCGCGGCCUGCCGGAGGCGCCCUGCUUCCGCGUCCGGGCGGUCAACAAAGCACGGCAGCAGCGCGCCCGGCUUCGAGGCGGUGGCGCCGCCGUUCGAGGAACGACCGGCCCGGCCGCCGCGGGAGGAGGUGGAGGAGGAGGAGAGGGACGUGGCGGCGCCGUUCGCCCACCGUCACGUGACGCUGGCGUCGGGGGUAGACUUCGCCGCACUUUACGAAGUUCAGGAGGAGCUGGGCAAGGGACGAUUCGGCACUGUCCAUAAGGUGAUAGAGAGAAAUACGGGUAACAGGUUCGCGGCAAAGUUCAUCAAGUGCAUCAAAUCGACGGAUCGAGCCAAAGUGGGCGAGGAGAUUGCUAUCAUGAACGAGCUGGACCACGCCAAGCUGCUGCAGCUGGCAGCCGCCAUCGACCACGGGCGCGAGAUGAUCAUGCUGCUUGAAUAUGUCUCCGGGGGAGAGCUCUUCGAGAGAGUGGUGGCCGACGACUUCACCCUAACGGAGCACGAGUGUAUUCUCUUCAUGCAACAAAUAUGCAGCGGUGUUCAACACAUGCACAAUCUAAACAUCAUGCAUCUCGACAUGAAGCCGGAGAACAUUCUCUGCCUGACCAAGUCGUCGCACCUGAUCAAGAUCAUCGACUUCGGCCUGGCGCGUCGAUACCGUGCGUCCGAACCGACGCGGGUCAUGCUGGGCACCCCCGAGUUCAUCCCGCCCGAGAUCAUCAACUACGAGCCCAUCAGUCCGCGCAGCGAUAUGUGGAGCCUCGGCGUCAUCUGCUACAUCCUGCUGUCGGGCCUGUCUCCGUUCAUGGGCGACAACGACGCCGAGACGUUUGCCAACAUCACGCGGGCUGCCUACGACUUCGAGGACGACGCCUUCGACGCGGUGUCCGAGGCGGCCAAGGAGUUCAUCACACACCUGCUGCAGAACCGGCAGCCGGAGAGAAUGGCCGCCGAAGAGGCCCUCCAGCAUAGCUGGCUAACAGCAGGUCAGGUCAGGGCAAAGGCGACGGUGCUGUCCAAAGAGAAACUCAAGAAGUUCAUCAUCAGGAGGAAGUGGCAGAAAACGGGUAACGCCAUCCGCGCGCUGGGUCGCAUGAGCGCCAGCCUGCCGGCGCGGCGCGCCAGCCAGCAGCGGCGCGCCAGCCGCGAGGCCAACCUGUUGAGCGCGCCGGGCGGCCUGCUGCAGCAGAAGCGCGGCUCCCUGUACAGCGAGCGCAGCGACAGCGGCUUCAGCGACUGUUCGGUCGGCUCGCAGCCGCGCGUCGGCCGCCGCUACACCAACGAGUCGACCCUGACCGAGGAGGAGGAGGGCGAGGAGCCGGCGCCUAACACCGUCUGCUCGGCCAUUCCAGAGGACGGCGCGCCCGUGCCGCGGCGGAUAGAACAGAGCUCGUGA